CUUCCACUACCUCAUAUCAAUCAUGGCCACGUCACCCAUCAAAAUGGUGCUAGUCAUUGGAGCCAGUGGCAAAGUCGGCAAGUCCACGGUCAAGGCAUUGCUGGCAGAGGGCUUUCAGGUCACUGGUCUCACUCGGGAGUCAUCGCAGGUGACCCUGCCAGCUGAUGUGAAGCACGUCAAAACCGAUUACUCCGAAGCCUCCCUGCGGGAAAUUUUCAAAGGUCAUGACGCAGUUAUCAGUACGGUUUCUAGCAUCGUCCCAGGAGAUGCACUGGCCAUACAAAAAACCUUUGUGGACGCGGCUAUCGCGGCCGGGGUGCAGGUGUUUGUCCCUUCCGAAUACGGGGUCGAUACAUCAAACCGCUCUGCCCCGGAGUAUAUCCCUUUCCUCGCGGAUAAACUGCAAACACUCGAUUACCUCAAGUCCAAGCAGGACCAGAUCUCAUGGAUCGCGAUUUGUUCGGGCUCGAUGUUCGAUUGGGGUUUGAAUAUCCCCGGCUUUGCUGGCUGGGACGUGCUGGCACGCACCGUGACGAUCUAUGAUGGUGGUGAUGUCCGCUAUGAAGCCACAAAUCUUGAUCAAGUGGGCAGGGCUAUCGCAAAGUCUUUGAGGAAGCUGGAACUUGCCAAGAACCAGUACGUCUAUGUGAACAGCUUUACGGUGACCCAAAAUAAGAUUUUAAAUGCCCUCGAAAGAGUAACUGGAGAGAGGUUCAACGUGUCGAAAGGAAAUGUUGAAGAAUUGUGGCAAGAAGGAGAUGCGAAGUGGAAAGAAGGACAACCGCUUGGAGUUAUUUCUAUGCUUGCCGGGGCCAUUUAUGGAAAAGGAGGAUUAGCACAGUACUCGGCCAGCAAGGGAUUGUGGAAUGAGAAGCUGGGCUUGGAGCAAGAGAACCUGGAGGAAUUUCUAAGGACUUAUGUGGCAGAGAAGAAGCAAUGA